CGCGGCGGGUUACCGGCUCCUCUCUUCUGACCUGUAAUGGGACUGUUUUCGGGGAAUAAAACGAGUUUUCAGGGGUGUGUGUACCUGCAUAAAAAGAGGCAGAGAAAGACACACAGCAGGCACAUCUGCAACAGAGCUGAAACAUCCCAGAGUGGUUCAACACCGACUUCCACCUGCAGCGCUUCAUCUACCUGCUGCUCCACCCGACGCUCUCCAACAGUUUACUGCUGGGGCUACAUUAUGGUGAAGCCAGGUGCACUGCUCCUCCUGCUGGCUGUUGCUGCCAGCCAGGCCAACGGUGAUCCGUCAUUUACAGUUGGUUUAUUAGAGACAAACAUCACCGCUUGUCCAAUCAACUUCUAUGGACAUUCAUACAGCUGGGUGCAAGUGUCGUUUAUAAAUUCAGGCCUUGCAAUUUGUUUCAAAGAUAGCCAGAAUGCCACUGCUCUAGACUGUCUGUCGGUGGACAACGGAGUGAAUUCAGACAGAGUCCGUGUGUCUGCAGUCGACGAAGUCAAUGGUCCUGGAAGUAUAAUCGUGACAAAUCUGCGAUACAGCGGCUCCACUUCCAACUGCUCUAUUAAAGUAGAAUUCAAAGAGGGAAGUAACCUCACGUUGAUUAUGGAGAUCUAUGAUUUUGGUCGACUAUCACCUUUGAAGAUGAGUGCAGACCAAGAUUUUUCUCCUGCUAACUUUACCAUAACAACAACAGUUAAUGGCUCAGUUGCAGGGAACUGGACAUACACUGGAAAAGAAGUGUCUGACAUCGUUUUCCUGGAGACAAGUGGAUGCCGACACUUAGGUACCCCCAUUCAAGCUAAUUCAGUGAUAGUGAUACCAGACACCUGCACCAACGUGCUCUGUGAUCCAUCUGCAGUGCCCAGACCUUCCAGUGCAUGUCAUGGCCGGGAGGUUUGCCAUGGCAACAACAUAUGCGCUAUACCCAAGGUCGUGUGCACUGUGACUGGCUCCACUGUCAUCGAUUUCUUCAACAAGGACUACUCUAUCCCAGAUCGGUGUCCGUACACAAUUAUUAAGUCUGAACAAAACUCGAGUUUUGAGCUCUUGGCAGUUUUUUGGGAGUGCCGCCGCAAAGAUGUGGCAUUUUUGGACCGCUUGAUACUGACGGUGAUUCCACCGGGUGUAUCAGUGUUUUUUGAACAAGGUGGAAGAGUUCGGUUUGGUGACCAACCAGUAAUACUCAACGCAACGACUCAGGUGAUUCAUGGUGUGGAGCUCUCCAAGGACCAUACUGGAGUUACUGCCAAGAUACAGUCCACAUCCAUAACAAUCUUUUUUGAUGGCAACACCGCACAUGUGAGAGGACUUGAAACAGAACGUGUAGUGGGUUUGUGUGGCAACCUCAAUAAUCCCAACAUCACUACAUCCCUGAACGCAGAGAAAACCACCAAUUUCAGUCGAGCUGGCUGUGAUGUUCAGCACAGCGACACCAACGACACUUCGAUCAACUGCAGCCGCUCCUCUGAUCACUGUGAGCUCAUGAGAAGGGCUCCCUUCACUGCUUGCCACAACACCAUUGACCCAAGGCCCUACGUCAACGCCUGCACUAACGUUUUGUGCCGGUACCCAGAGGUGGACGGUCUCAGAUGCCAGUUUUUUGAGGCUUACGCUGAGUCCUGCAGCCUGAAGAAAGCCAUCACUCUGCAGAACUGGAGGUCAAUGGUCGGCUGCUGCCUGUGGCAGUAAAAGGAGGCGCAGAUCUCUCAGGUCUAAAUUUGCAGGUGGAAACUCAGCCCUCAUCUCUAUGUCCUGGAAUAAUUAAAGACAGCUCCCCCUCGAUAACGCAUUUUGUCUUCUCAGGUGAUUCCUGAUUUGAGCUUCAUCCCAACAAGAAGUUAUCGUUGCUGUGAAACAGCGUCGGCAGAUAAUCUUCGUUUCAUCCACCUGAGAUGGCGUUUAUUAUCUCUCCAGAAUCCGUGGGCUGCUGAUUCGACCCACUGAUUCAUGCAUAUAUAAUCUGUGGUGAAAUAAUUGAAGUAUAGUCCAGUGAAGUACAAAAUAAUCAAUGAAGGGUUUUAUUGAGUCCAUGCACUACUUCCUGGUCCUGUGGGUUCUUUUGAAAUAUACACUGCAGUUGAAAAGUUUGGCUGUUUUAUUGUUUUUUUUUUAUUACACCACAUCAGUGUAACUGGAUUUAUUUGUAAAGAGGACUUUAUAAACCCUAAAAGCAUCAAAGAGCAUUCAAACAUAUGGAGUCGUCCUCUCAGACAGAAACUUCUGUGGCAGCAGAUUCCAAAUUUAGGAUUAUGUUUUUAAUUUCCUCUUUAAUUUCACCUGCCUACUUUAAAUGUACACAGCUUAAAUGAAUGCAGAGACAGAAUUUCUGUUUCAGUGACAUGAAGUAAAAAGAAGUUUCAGCUGAAAGAAAGCAAGAAGGUUUCAAGAUCCAGUUGAAGGAAAAUCCUGAUGUGAAUGUGAACAUUGAAAUGGUGACUGUUGGUAGAUUGAAGUUACUACAAAUAAAGGAUGUGGGAAAACACAA